AUGUCGAACAAGUUUGUGGCUGGGCUGCCAGGAGCCUUGAUGGAGGACGACCCGGAGUUGGACACCCCCAAGCAUGCCCCGGGAAAAAACCGGGGGCCGCAGAGGGCUGAAAGCCCAUCCAAGCGGACCAAGGCCGAGUCCACGGGGGCCGUGGCGGUCACGGUGGAAACGUUGCAGAUGCUACUUGCCCAACAGAGUGCUUCUCUCCUCGAAGCUCAAAAUGCCUCUCUCAAAGAGACUCUCAUGGAGCAUGAAAAGCGCCAGGACGAGAAGCUCAGCAGACUGGAUGCGAAAGUUGAGGCAUCCCUUGCCAAGUCGAAUACCAUGGAAGACCAGCUGAGGACCGCCUUGGACCGCAUCAAGGCCUUGGAGGACAAGGGCGUCCCCGGUGGCUCCGGGGGCGACCAGAGAAGGACGAGCUUGGUGUUUGGGGGAUGGGCAGAGAACACGAGGCGGAAUGUGAUCCUGCAUCAGCUCUCCGAGUCACUUUCCCACCUUAAGCUCAAUCACCUUCUCGACAGCGAUCCCUUUACUACAGGGCCUCGUCGAGCAGUGGCACUCUGCAACUUCACUCAGCGAUCUUCGGAAAGCCCGCCUGAGCUUCGUAGGAGGAUGCUUGAGCUUGUGCAGGAGAUCAACAAGGCUGACCUUGCGCUUCAAGGGGGGCGUCGUAACCUUUGGUGUUCCUUCAGCCGCUCCCCGGCGGAGCGGGGACGUGCAAGCGUGGCAGGAUGUGUCAAGAAAAUUGUGGCUCACCAUCGAGCUACCCACCCCUCAGAGCUCGACCUUGACUAUGCGGCUGGUGCGGCCUGGAUGGGUGAUAUGCAGCUUGCGGGCAUGGGAGCGUCUACCGUCUCGAACACCACCUCGAUUGAGACAAGAGCCGGGCCUGCUUGGAUCGAUGAAAUUGGCCUCUCCAAGACCUUGAAGGUGUCUCGCCAAACCAUCGAGGAUGAGGUCAAACAGCAUCGUGCUGCCUUGGAUGAUUUUCCCCGGAAGGUAGCUGAAGCUGUGGGCGGAUCCCUCCAAGAGGCUGAUCUCCUGCUGUUGCAAGAGCUUCCGCGUUCGGCUCCCGGCUGGCAGCAGGUUAACUUUGACCAGUGGAAAAUAGUUGGCCACAGGUGCUCAGACCAAUGGCGGGGCACAGGGAUCAUGUACCACACGGCCAAAUGGAAUGUCAUGCGCCGGUUGCAGGCGCCCAAAGGCACGUGGUUCAGGCUUCGCCACCGCGACUUUGGCACCGAGGUAUGGGUUGGCUCGGUUUACUUGAGACCGGACUUGAGCCAGGAUGAACAUGCAGUGUCCCUUCAAGAGUUUCUGCAGAAGCUUCCAGCGACUCAGUUGCCGGUUCUGGUAUCGGGGGAUUCAAACUCGGAGGUUUGCUGGGCUGACGACACACAGGGUGAAUGUACUCCUCUUGGAAGGAACGGGAAAACGGUCAACCUUCUUCAUUGGAUGAGUUCUCGAGGACUUCGGCUAGUACCUCCCCGACCCGAUCAGCUGAGUACUCCCUCUACACAGCCCCGCCAGCAGGACCGAUGUGGACGCCAGAUUGAUUUUCUUGCAGCUGCUAGAAUGGGAACCAGCCGAGUUUCCAUCCUUCCUGGGAGUAAUCAGGUCCUCGGUACUGAUCAUGAUGUCCUCACACUUCAAGCCUCCCUCAGGCAUGCCACUCGAAGACCUCGAACCGAUACGAGGCCGCGGCAACUCCUGAAGCCGCUUCCCCCUGUGCGGGAAAUCUCUCAGGAAGCACUGGUGGAGAUGGCAAAAAGCCACACUGGCCCCAAGCAGGGGCGCGGAUACAAGGACCCUGAGGACGUCAAGGCUCUCUUUCGGAUGGCUAGGUUCAGCCGGGAAAGCGCGGACUGGAAGGUAGCAUUUCAGUCCAGGCGCAAGGCGAGGUCGACAUGGGAGCGCUGCCAACUUGAAGCUGCAGUGCAAGGGGAUUGGGGUGCCUUCAAGAAAUUCCGGAAACAGACUAAGAACGACUGGGAGCUAGGCUUUGCUGAUGCCCAUGACGAUCCCCACCAGACCAUUCAUGAUCACCUCCAGAACAUUUACAAAUCCGAUGAGAGAGUGUCCAUCUGCACCCCCACCGGUGACUUUGUUCCUAUCACGAUGGAUGAGCUGAAGUCGGCGGUGCAGAAGGGCAAGAGAGGGGUUAGUGUUAGCCAGGACGGCACAUCACAGGAACUGCUGCUGGGAAUCAUGAAUGCGGAUGGUGGAGCGGUGGCGAUGCAGGAGUGGUUCAACCGCCUGCUUUCUACCGGGGAUCUCCCGGAUGACUGGUACCGUUGGCUCAUGGUCGUCCUCCCUAAGACGGCGUGCCCCACCCUCCCCCGGGAGCUCAGACCGAUCUGCAUGAGUUCAGCUAUCAGUAAAACCUUCUGCCGGAUCCUUCUUGAACGGGCUAAGCGGGGGGUGCAAGCUAUGGGGCCCUGCCAGUUGGCGGGGCCACACAAACAGACCUGCGACUACGUGUUCUGUGCUCAUAGGCUCAUGUCGCUCGACCAUGAGUGGGGGGCAGGGUUUGCCUACUUGAAAGUCGACAUCGAAAAGGCGUUCGACUGUGUAAGCCGAGUGGCACUGUGUGACUACCUGGAAUCCAAGCUUGGCCGGUCUCACGAACUUCGUAUUUGGCAGCUGUUGCUUUCCCGUACCUUCCUGUCUCUCGAGACCUCCUGGGGAGCUAGCGAGAUUGAAGCCCAGCGUGGAAUACGCCAAGGCUCGGUUGAAUCACCCCUGUUUUUCUCGUGCCUUGCCGAGCUCACCCUUGAGUCAGCAGCGCUUGAACAUCAAUGGCCCAGGGAGGAUAUGGCGCUUCCCGGGCUACGCCUCAGUGAAAUGAUGUUUGUUGACGACGCAGUGUUGUGGAACAGCCGUGUAGCGACCUUGGGGCAGCGGGUUGCUCAAUGGGCGGAGCACCUGGCUAGGUGCGGCUUGCGGAUCAACCUGCUUAAGUGUGAGCUCUACAUCAGCCCCCACAACCACGGCCCCAGGGAGAUUACGGUCAUGGGAGAGAAGCUGGUGGCCAAGGAUACCCUCACCAUUAUGGGGCUCCCCAUGAAGGUCAAGGCCACCACGUGCGAACUACUAGCGGGUCUGUUGGCGAGAGCCAGGGAUGUGUUCUGGUCGAUGAAGAAGCUUCUGUGCUCCUCUACCCCGCUUCACGCCAGGAUUAGGCUCAUGGAUAAGGUGGUUGCCGGGUGCGGGCUCUGGUGUAUAUCCUCCUUCUUUCCGGAAGACCCUGCGAUGCACAUGGUGAACACGUUCCAGCUUCAGCUAAUCAUGAGCAUGAUGAACUUGAAGAGGGGGGCGGACAUUGGCUGGUUGGACUUCCGAAAACAGGCCCGCAGGGCCGCCAGGGCAGCACUCUGGCAGGGCCGCCACAAGAGAUGGUCCACGGUAUGGGCGGAGAGACACUGGUCCUCCUUGGGCCAUCUCGCCCGUAGUCUGCUGCAUCCGGUGCCGUCCGCGGCAGCACUGAUGUGCUCAUACCGUACACGUGAGUGGUGGACCAAAGAAAAAACCAAGAAAGACAGUGAGAGAGUCAAACACCCGAAGGCCUUCUACGCCAGACUUAUGCUUUCAGAGUCGAAGCUCGAUACUGCGGCCGAAGGACCUUGGCGGAUACUGGCACAAGACCGAGUCCGAUGGGCAGGCCGUCUGCCUGCAUGGGUCGAGCUUGUUGAUGUUCAGUGGGCUUCUGGAAGGCAGCUUGCACUCAACUAG